GGGAUUGUUAAUCAUGUCAGUGGAUUGCUUUGUCCAGUAUCCUGUCCAUGAGUGACCAAGAAGAAGUGCUGCACGUUUGAAAUGCAAGAAGCUGUAGAAUGGCUGGACAGCAGAGACUGGAGGAUAGGCAAUCUGUAGCAGUUCUGCUUAAGUCAGAAGAACUAGAAAAGGGAAUCGGCUCAGACAUAUACCCAGGGUAAACCUAACAGGCCACCUGAACUGCGCUUUUUAAACCCGUGGAACCUCUUCUCUCUGCCAUCCCCAGAGAAUGAAGGGUCCUCCACUCAUGCUGAUAAAAACGAUCUUACUGUACAUCCUUCUAGUAAUGCUGGCUGAGAGCAACCAUCAAGUUCACGGAUUUGAUGCCACCAGUUGUGCAGUUGAAAUUCAAGUUAAAAGACACUCCCAGUACAAAAUUCAUGUCGGGAACUCUUUGACUAUAGGCUGCCCAGUUCGUUACUGCAAGGAAAAGCCAGUCAUGCACUGGUGCAAGAUGGAGGUGGAGAGGUGUGUGCAGCUGAAGGUGGGCAAAACAGAAUGGAAGUCCAACGUGUUUACUCUGGAGGUUUUCUCAAUUCAUCAGAAUGACAGUGGACUUUAUCGUUGUCGAGCAAUAGCGGACAAUUUGUCCAGUGAGAGCCAUGGAAUACAGGUUAUUGUUGAAGAAAAGUCUGCAAACAUUAUCACAAUUUCGCCAGAAAAUACCACUAGCAUCUCAGAAGAAUCCCAAGGAUCUGGAAACUACAAGAUAUUGCACAUUAUUUAUGCUUCAGCAUCCGUGGGUCUAUGUUGUCCAUUCAUUGUUGUAUGCAUGUUUUGGUGUCUAAGGAGGUACCAUGCAAGGCAAAAGAGAACUCCAUUAACCCAACAGAGAAAAGAAAGCCUGGUCAGAAGUCCAGCAGCUGCUGGGACAACUGAAGCUUCAGAAGAAAGCUGCUCACUUUACUAUUGCUCCAUGGCUAGCCCAAUGCAGGCCUUGCACGGCAACACAGUUUAUGACAACGAUGUCCCUCCCUGGAACGCUCAGAGGACAGCACCUAAUGCACCUCGCAAUGAUCCCGUUACUCCUUCCAUCCCAGUUUUACUUGAAAGCCCAGACGUCCUCACAUAUGCUGCACUAAAUCAUUCUGCUUCUGCAGAAAGAUGCCAGAGAAGGGAACUAACUGUAGAAAACGAAUUUACAGAAUAUGCCUCCAUUAAUGUAAAUAAAUAA